AUGAUGUUCCCCGGCCUCCUCGCGCCCCCCGCGGGGUAUUCCAGCCUCCUGCGACCCACGCCCACCUUAACACUGCCCCAGUCCCUUCAAUCUGCAUUUUCUGGCCACUCUAGUUUCCUAGUGGAAGAUUUGAUCCGCAUCAGUCGGCCCCCUGCCUACCUGCCUCGCAGCGUACCCACUGCCAGCCUGUCACCCCCCAGGCAGGAGGCCCCCACAGUCCUCGCUGACUCGGGGACCUCGGACCUGGGCUCUCCGGGGCCCGGGAGCCGGCGUGACAGCUCUCCACAGACUGCCCUCUCCCCUGCCAGCGAGCCCACGUUCUUGAAGUUUGGGGUGAACGCCAUCCUCUCAUCCGCGCCCAGAAGAGAAACAUCGCCGGCUUUGCUGCAGAGCCCCCCUCCUAAGACGUUCGCCUUUCCUUACUUCGAAGGCUCCUUCCAACCCUUCAUUAGAUCCUCCUAUUUCCCAGCGUCCUCCAGCGUGGUGCCCAUCCCCGGGACGUUCUCCUGGCCGCUGGCCGCUCGCGGGAAGCCUCGCCGGGGCAUGCUGCGCAGAGCUGUGUUCUCCGACGUGCAGCGCAAAGCCUUGGAGAAGACGUUCCAGAAGCAGAAAUACAUCAGCAAGCCGGACCGGAAGAAGCUGGCGGCCAAGCUGGGCUUGAAGGACUCGCAGGUGAAAAUCUGGUUCCAGAAUCGACGCAUGAAGUGGCGGAACUCGAAAGAGCGCGAGCUCCUGUCUAGCGGGGGCUGCCGAGAGCAGACCCUUCCCACAAAACUAAACCCUCACCCAGACCUUAGCGACGUAGGCCAGAAGGGCCCUGGGGAUGAGGAGGAAGACAUCCCGGGUCCCUGCCUGGCCUACCAUGUGCCCCCUGACCCUCGACACCUGCUGGAAGGGCCCCUGCCGGGCUCUCCUGCGCACUCCAGCAGUCCGGGGAAACCCUCGGACUUCUCUGAUUCCGAUGAGGAUGAAGAGGGUGAGGAGGACGAGGAAAUCACCGUGUCCUAG